GUUGUGGUUAGCUAGCUCGAGGCGCGGACGCGGUGUUAUGGGCGUUGCCGUGCACUGGCGGAGGGCGGGCGAUUCGCUUCACAUGGGGGGCGAGCCGCGCGCGCGCGCGGAGGCGGCCUGGGCGGCUGCGUUGCCUGCCGCGUUGGUUGCGCUGGUGCGCGACACGGCUACAUACACACGAAUGAUGCACCGUCUCCGAAUGGAAACGCCACGGGGCCCCACCUGCCAGCUUGACCCCUGCUGCUGCUGCUGCACUGCACAUGUUAUUCCCCCUCCGCCUCCGGUGUCACGCACGCACGCGACGCGACGCGAUGCCGAGGCGUCCGUACCACCACCGCCAGCAUCAGCGGCCGUCAGCUCGAGAUCGGACGGCACGGGACAGAUGGCAGCAGGCGUCACGCUGGCGUGUGCCGCCCCCCCGCCGCUAAGGGCCCCACGUGCCAGCGAUGGAGGCAGGCGCCGUGGGGUGGUCAAAGGGGGCGCGGGGACGGACACGUGUCGGUCGCCGCAACGUCUGAAUGUUCGACCGCGCGAGAGAGAGAGGGUGCGUGCGUGCGUGCGUGCUAGAGCCAAGAACCACGAGCACGGCCAGCGUCGGCGAGAGGCGGCGGUGGAUCCGGCUAUGUCGGGCGAGUACCAGUUCCAGGACGAGCUGGCGCCGCUGUUCGCGCGGCCGGGGGGCGGCGCGGGGGAGAUGCAGAUGCUGCCGUCGUCGUGGUUCGCCGACUACCUGCAGGCGGGGACGCCGAUGCAGAUGGACUACGACCUGAUGUGCCGCGCGCUGGAGCUGCCGGUCGGGGAGGACGUCAAGAGGGAGGUCGGGGUGGUGGACGUCGUCGCGGCCGGCGGCGGCGGGGCGCCGCCGCUGACGCCGAACACGACGUCGUCGAUGUCGACGUCGUCGAGCGAGGGGGUUGGUGGAGGAGGUGGAGGCGGCGCCGGCGCCGGCGCCGGGGAGGAGGAGUCGCCGGCAAGGUGCAAGAAGGAGGAGGAUGAGAACAAAGAGGAAGGCAAGGGAGAAGAAGAUGAAGGACACAAGAACAAGAAAGGGUCGGCGGCGAAGGGAGGGAAGGCGGGGAAGGGGGAGAAGCGGGCGAGGCAGCCGCGGUUCGCGUUCAUGACCAAGAGCGAGGUCGACCACCUCGAGGACGGCUACCGGUGGCGCAAGUACGGCCAGAAGGCCGUCAAGAACAGCCCAUACCCCAGGAGCUACUACAGGUGCACGACGCAGAAGUGCCCGGUGAAGAAGCGGGUGGAGCGGUCGUACCAGGACCCGGCGGUGGUGAUCACCACGUACGAGGGCAAGCACACGCACCCCAUCCCGGCCACGCUCCGCGGCAGCACGCACCUGCUCGCCGCGCACGCGCAGGCGGCCGCGGCGGCGGCGGCCGCGCACCAGCUGCACCACCACCACGGCCACCACGGACACCACGGCAUGGCGCCGCCGUUGCCGCUGGGCUCCGGCGCCGCCGCGCAGUUCGGCCGGUCGUCCGGCAUCGACGUGCUGAGCAGCUUCCUGCCGCGCGCCGCCGCCGCCCACCACGGCAUGACUACGAUGGGCGGCGCCGCGGCGACGACGACGACGAGCCAUGGCCUUAACAGUGCAAUCAGCGGCGGAGGCGGCGUCUCGAGCGAGACGACGAGCGCGGUCACCGUCGCCGCCUCGGCUCAGCCGUCGUCACCGGCGGCGCUCCAGAUGCAGCACUUCAUGGCGCAAGACUUGGGCCUCCUGCAGGACAUGCUGCUGCCGUCCUUCAUCCACGGCACCAACCAGCCUUGACGCGACGACCACCAUCAAUCUGAAGCUGAAUUAAUCAUCAGACUAGCUAGACAAGAGGUCAUUUGGCUCUCGAUCGAUCAUGCUGUUUAAUUAAUUAACAUCUCGUUACAUCUUUUUCCCCCCAAAUGAUCACCUUCUGUUUCGUUUCUUGAUUUUGUUUUUUUCUUUCGUGCUGCGAGAUGGUACAGGGUUUUCUACUGGGUCUCGUAUCAUUUCUAUGCUCUUACUAGCUAGCUCUACCUAGCUCUAGUACUAAGCACUUCUUGUACAUGUAAGCGCCUAAUUAAUUCCCAGGCUCCAGCAUUGCACCCUGCAGGUUGCAGGACUGACCAUACGAGCCAUGAUAAUUUUAUGCAAACUUUACAUUGAUCUUCUCCUAUAUAGCUCCAUUAAUGGAAGAGUACGAGUACUUCAUAUA